AUUGAUUACAUACAUUUCAGAGGUCGCAUACCAACAUUGGUAAUUACAUCAUCAAACCAGCCAAGUACCGGGAAGCGUACAAUCCGUACCACUUGGACAUGGUGUUCGGCUUCAUCCAAAUCAAUUUGACCGAGCCGCACUUGUACUCCGGGCUGUCGAUAACGCCGAGCCUGUGGAGCAGGCCGAUUCCGCUCGGCUGGUACUUCGCUCCUCAAUGGGAGCGGCAGUUCGGGUCGAAGUGGGCCACAAAAAUCUGCGACAAAUGGAUUAUGCAUGAUCGGUAUCUCAAAAACUUCGCGGCCGAAGUAGCGCUUUGUCCAUGCAUCAUGGAUCACGCUUUGUACGACAAAGGCCGCUUCCUCCCCGACUACAACUGCGACAAGGAUUCGAAUAUAGACUGCUAUUAUAAUCAGUAUGCGACUCACUGCGUGAGGACAGGUGCGCCCAACAUGGACGGUUCGGAGCAACAAUGCUGUUACGAUAAAAAUGGUUAUCUGAUGCUGACUUACGACCAGCAAUGGGGCUCGCGACCGCAUCGAUCUCACAAUUUGGGCUUCUUCCCGUGGAACGAGGCUAACAAAGUCCCGACUCUCUCGCACUGGUGGCACGACAUCGUGCCCAUCUACGCGUGUUGUCUCUGGCAGGAAGAGCAGGCCGUCGGUUGCGAGACAUUCCGAUUCGAGAGAAGACCGUCCCAGGAUUGCAUCGCCUAUCAAGCGCCGGGGGUGUCGGCAAUAUUCGGCGAUCCUCACUUUGUCACGUUCGACGGCGUGGAGUACACCUUCAACGGCAAGGGUGAAUUCGUUAUGUUACGAGUGAACGAUAUCAGGGACAAGCUCGAUGUGCAAGGUAGAUUCGAGCAAAUGCCGAACAACAUUCACGGCCCGGUGAUGGCGACGCAUCUUACCUCGGUAGCAGGUGAACGGCUGGUGUUCCAUUACAUAAUGAAUAUUAAUCGAUGAAUAUUAAAAAAUUAU